AUGCCGAUCCGUCCCCCUGGUAACCCUCACCCGGUCAGCGAGCCGACCCUUCGCUCGGUCUUUUGGGACCUUAACCAUCUGGCCAUGGGCCACUGGGGGACCGGAUAUGAAUACCUCCACACCUUUGACCAUGCAUUCCAGACCUGGUGUUGGCAGGCCGGCAUCGACCCCGAUACUCCGUUUCGCGCCAACGGCAGGAUCUUGCCCAUCGUUCCGCUGGAUAGCUCUAAGCGCACAUCAGCGCAGGACCUACGCGAAGAAGCGCGCAAGGAAAGCUAUGUCACCGUGGGUGGCGUGAAGACUUUCCGCACCUAGGUCCAAGCAGUAGAGGUUCAUGGACACUCAAAGGCCAAGGCCGACACACAUUCAAUCCAUGAGCUCAUGGUCAUUCACACCUACAGAC